AUGCCUGUUGUCACUCCCGAGAAACUAGCUGCUCUGCAGCAUAAUGCAGAUGAUAUAAGAAAUAUCUGCAUCUUGGCUCAUGUCGACCACGGCAAGACGUCUUUAACGGACGCCCUCCUCGCUACAAAUGGCAUCAUUUCACCAAAGCUUGCCGGAAAGAUCCGGUAUCUUGAUUCACGGCCUGAUGAGCAAAUUCGGGGUAUCACUAUGGAAUCAUCUGCUAUCUCUUUAUACUUCUCCAUGCUCCGAAGACCAGCUCCCGAUGCUGCACCCGUCCCCAAAGAAUACUUAAUUAAUCUAAUAGAUUCACCCGGACACAUCGAUUUCAGCAGUGAAGUGUCGACCGCAUCAAGGUUAUGCGAUGGUGCUGUCGUGCUGGUCGACGCUGUCGAGGGGGUUUGUAGUCAGACAGUCACAGUUCUCCGUCAAGCCUGGACGGAGAAGUUGAAACCUCUUCUGGUUUUCAACAAGAUAGAUCGACUAGUCACGGAAUUGAAAAUGACGCCUGGCGAAGCUUACAUCCACCUUAGCAAGCUUCUCGAGCAGGUAAAUGCUGUCUUAGGAAGCUUUUUCCAGGGAGAACGGAUGGAAGAAGACCUGAACUGGCGAGAAAGAAUGGACGAAAAGGUCGCUGCGGCCGCGGCAAGAGAGGCAAAGCUCGGAGAUAUGGAAAGCGAAGCAGGCGACUUACAAUUCGAGGAACGAGAUGACGAAGAGCUAUAUUUCGCCCCCGAGAAGAAUAAUGUGAUAUUUAGCAGCGCUAUCGAUGGCUGGGCUUUUACCGUGCGGCAAUUUGCCAGUUUAUAUGAGAAGAAGCUCGGCAUUAAACGGACCAUCAUGGAAAAGGUCUUAUGGGGUGAUUUUUACUUAGACCCCAAGACUAAGAAGGUCCUCGGACGAAAACAUCUAAAGGGCCGAAAUUUGAAGCCUAUGUUUGUCCAGCUUGUGCUUGAGCAAGUUUGGGCUGUAUAUCAAGCAACCAUAGGCGGGGAUCAUGGAAAGGGCGACCCGGUUCUGCUUGAGAAAAUUACAAAAUCACUAAAUAUCACAAUUCCGCCGCAUAUUGCUAGAUCAAGAGAUCCUAGAUUGCUACUUACGACGGUUUUCUCGUCGUGGUUGCCAUUAUCAACGGCCCUCUUAGUGUCUGUGGUCGAGUCUCUGCCAUCUCCGAAAGUGGCCCAGGCUGAACGUCUACCUGAAUUGCUGGAAGACUCCCCGGGUUCAUCUCAUAUCGACGCGCUAGUUAAAGAUGCGAUGGUAAAUUUCAAAACGUCGAAAUCGGACCCCGUAGUUGCAUACGUUAGCAAAAUGGUUUCCAUACCCGAAAGCGAACUUCCAGAAAAUAAAAGACGAACUAAUCAGCUCAGUGCUGAGGAGGCGAGAGAACUGGCUAGGAAAAAGCGGGCGGAAUUCGCUCGUGCUCAAGCGGCAGAAAGCAACGGCGUGGAUGAUCUUACCGCAGCGCUCGACAAUGCGAAUUUGAACGACUUCGUCCCAGAGGAAGAGAAGAAGAUUGACCCAGAAUACUUGAUAGGGUUCGCACGGAUAUAUUCCGGUACUCUGUCCGUUGGCGACACACUCUACGUUCUCCCGCCAAAGUUCUCUCCCGCGAAUCCCCACUCAGCUCCUGAACCCGAGAAGGUGACUGUAACAGCUCUAUACAUGCUUAUGGGCCGCAACCUGGAGUCGCUUGAUUCUGUCCCAGCUGGUGUUGUUUUCGGUAUUGGCGGCCUUGACGGCCAUAUCUUGAAAUCGGGAACUCUUUGUAGCCAGUUGGAAGGCUCCGUUAAUUUAGCGGGUGUUCACAUGGCCGGUAAACCUAUCGUGCGAGUCGCACUCGAGCCAGUGAAUCCAGCUGACCUGGACAAGAUGAUCGAGGGUCUUAAGCUACUUGUCAAGAGCGACCCGUGUGCAGAAUAUGAGCAAUUUGAAAGCGGUGAACACGUUCUGCUCACCGCUGGUGAACUACAUCUAGAGCGGUGCUUGACAGAUCUAAAAGAGAGAUUUGCGAGGUGCGAUAUUCAGGCUGGUGCGCCUAUAGUACCAUACAGGGAGACGAUUGUGCGCGCGGAGGAGAUGCGACCACCCGCGAACAAGGAAUUAGGACGUGGUGUUGUCGUUGGGGUCACGAGUUCAAAGCAGGUCAGCAUUACCGUCCGAGUACGGCCAUUACCUGAAAACGUCACCGAGUUCCUCCUUAAAAACCCUGGGGCUAUCAAACGUCUUUACUCAGAACGAAAUGCGCUCGGAGAAUCCCAGCAAGAGAAUGAAGUCGACGUGGAACAGGAAAUCGAAGCGGAUGAUGAUUUACUCGAAGGCAAGGGCCUAUCCCUCGAUGAGUUGAAGAAGCAACUACAGGCGACUUUGGAGAGUGGCAAAGGACGUGAAGGGUGGAAGGGUGUUAUCGACCAAAUAACAGCCUUUGGACCGAAGCGGACGGGACCAAAUCUACUAAUCGACGCGACUAAAGAUGGUUAUUUUCCCAAGGUAUUCGCUCCAGCGAAACAAGCAGACGACAGCAGCCCGAAGGCAGACGAGUCACUAAAGGCCUCGCAUCUUUGCGAUAAGGUUACAUAUGCCUUCCAACUAGCUAUGAACCAAGGCCCGUUAUGUAACGAGCCAGUACAAGGCGUAGCUGUUAUAAUCGAAGACGUGACUGUUGCACCAACAGACGAGGAGACAUCUGCACGAGAUCGUCUCGGCCGACUUACGGGUGAGGUUAUCAAGACGGUGCAACAGUCUAUUCGCCAGGGUUUCCUAGAUUGGUCUCCACGCCUUAUGCUCGCUAUGUAUUCAUGCGAGAUUCAGGCAGGAACCGAGGUCUUGGGGCGUGUAUACGAUGUUAUUACGCGACGUCGUGGUCGUGUUCUCUCAGAACAGAUGAAAGAGGGUACACCGUUCUUCACCAUCCAGUCGACAAUCCCCGUGGCGGAAUCCUUCGGAUUUGCGGAGGAGAUGCGCAAACGCACAUCGGGUGCCGCGCAACCGCAGCUUAUUUUCCAGGGCUUCGAGGUUCUGGUCGAUGAGGAUCCAUUCUGGCAGCCCUUCACCGAGGAUGAUCUCGAGGACCUAGGCGAGCUUGCUGAUAAGGAGAAUGUUGCGAAGAGAUAUAUGGAUGGUGUCAGGAGGAGGAAGGGUCUGCUGGUUGAGGGUAGAGGCGAGAGGGUGGCGGCUGAGAAGCAGAAGACUCUCAAGAGGUAA